UUCAGUUGCAGUGGCAAUGGGUACCCUAACUUCGGUUCCAAUGCUCGCAAACAGUUAUCGGAUCCUCGGUGCGUCUGCUUCUAUCCUGCGUACUUUAUCAUCAAUCCAUGUUUCUGCUCCUCAUAACAAGCUUCGCUGCGGGAAUGCUGCUGUGUGGUCUUCGUUGAGUAUAAAAGACAGAGCCUUUACGAAUCAAGCUGCGAAAACAGAUUUUACACAACCAACGUCCUCUUCUUCUGCUUCUGGCUACCCUGAAUAUGAUCGUUUGCUUCCAUGUCCCCAAGUCAAUGGCCCACCCAGAGUUGAGCACUUGGUUGUUUCAGAGGGAGGUCCUGUUUUAGAAUUUAUCUGUCAAGCUCUGGAUCUACCUCCUCUAUUUGUUGCAGACCUUAUCCAUUUUGGAGCUGUAUAUUAUGCACUUGUAUGCCCACAGCCUCCACCAACUGCAACUCCGGAGCAAAUUAGGGUUUUCCAAGAAGUAACAGCACCAUCAGUUUUGAAGAAGAGAGCUUCCGUCAAAGGGAAAACAUUCCGGGAAGCACAGAAGACUUUCCGAAUAACUCAUGUAGACCAGUUUGUUGAAGCUGGAACUUACUUACGUGUUCAUGUACACCCAAAGCGCUUUCCGAGGUGCUAUGAAAUUGAUUGGAAAUCAAGAAUUAUUGCUGUAACUGAAUCCUAUGUGGUUUUGGACAAGCCUGCUGGUACAUCUGUGGGAGGAACUACAGACAAUAUUGAAGAAAGUUGUGCAACUUUUGCCACCCGUGCCUUGGGAUUGAUUAGUCCACUUAAAACUACCCAUCAGAUUGAUAAUUGCACAGAAGGCUGUGUCGUGUUAGCUAGGACUAAGGAGUACUGCUCUAUUUUUCAUGGAAAGAUCAGGGAGAAAAAGGUGAAGAAGCUUUAUCUUGCUCUUGCUGCUGCCCCUGUGCCAAUUGGUAUAAUGACCCACUACAUGCGUCCGAUUAAUAUUGCUCCAAGGCUCAUUUCUGAAGAAUCUAUUGUGGGAUGGCAUCUCUGUCAACUUGAAGUCAUGGGUUGCAAGAAGAUCCCUUGGCCAAAUGUUUUCAUUGAACAGAAAUACUGUGUUGAAAACUGCGGGUGGCCCUUGAAAGACUAUGCAUAUGAGUGUAAAAUCAACCUUUUGACUGGUCGGACUCAUCAGAUUCGUGCACAGUUCGCUGCCAGUGGCGCCCCAUUAGUGGGUGACUCAAUGUACAUGCCAGCUGCAGUUGCAGAGAUGGCCAGUCCUGGGCUUAACCCAUAUGGAACUUUCAUGAAGGAAUACACAAAUGAUGAUCAUAAGACAAUAGCUGUUGAAGAGUGGAUUGCACAGCAUGGUAAGGAACCGAAUAAUGCAAUCGGUCUUCAAGCAUGUCAAAUUUCGUGGGAUGAUGGAGAGCACAAUUAUGAGGCGCGAUCUCCUUGGUGGUGUGAAAAAGCUUAAAUACGGUGGUGGAGGAUGAAAAUUAACCUUCAACUGCCAAAAUUUUAUUGAUGAUAGCAUAGAUCCAUCUAAAAGGUUAUGACCUUCCCUUUAUGACUCAUUUUCAAGCUGUUUACUUUCUUCGGAUAAAGGAAUAAUGUUUAUGCAGGCAGCUUUUUCAGAAGACCGGACUGAGUUCACUGGCAAAGGAAGUUGCAAGGAACAUAAUACAGUCUAUUUCUUGGACUUCCAGAGGCAAGGAAGGGGAGGGGGAAGGGCUACAGGGUGGUUUAAAGCCCUUUAGGUUGGAAAUAUCCUUUGACUUAGUAACCAUGGGGAAUUUUUGAAUGAGAAAUUUAAUGUUGGAAACAUCUUCUGUAGAAGGUUGCAUGUAUUAAUACCCUAAGUUGAGGGUGUUUUUAUAGGUUAUGAAUUUUUAGACAAAAACACCCGUAAUCAAUUAAUAUCUUCAAAUCUCAGUAAAAGCAUUAAAUAAGGACAUUUGUGACUACUUCUGUACAAGAUAGUUCCAGUGCUUUCAACAUACAAAGGAUGUCAUUUAUACCUUUCUGGCAUCUGGGAUUUUAGUGCAA